GCGGUGUGUAACGGGAGUGUGAACUAAAGGUGGCCGCGGGAACGUGUUCACACCGCUCUGCGAACUCCUUCCGCACAGCGCCUCUCUGAGCACAGACCUCCGCCUCUCUCUGUACCCCGACGCACCGAGAGGCUCUCCGCUGCCCUCGUCUGUGCCGCUGGACAAGUGGCCGUUUGGUGUGUUUUUGUGUUUCCCUUCCUGCGAUGAACCGAGACGCGGUUCUUUAUUUCUUCGCACCGCACGCCGCGGGGCGUCGUGCCGCUUGACAGCCGCGCUGAACACACAGCGUCGCGUCGAGGAGCGGUCGGGUCAGUCCGGGAAAAUACAAUUUUUUUUGGGGGGGGCGGGGGGGCUUUUGGGGUCAGUUUGCUGUUUAAUCCACCCAGGGCCGGAGGACCGUGGUAUCGACCGAGAGGCUUUACGCCGAGGAUGCGCUGAGGGGAACUCGGGUUUGAACCGCUGAACCGGACUGUUCCUGCUUGGCUCUGGUUCGGGGAGAGAGUAGCGGAGGGGUGUGCGUCCGGAGCCGUCUCGCCUCCAUGUUCUCGGCUCCCUGGGACCCGGCUAGGAUGCACCAGCAGCAGCGGAUGGCUGCGCUGGGGAGCGACAAGGAGCUGAGCGACCUGCUGGACUUCAGCGCGAUGCGAAACAGCGAUUUGAAAAUGUUCCCAACAUCCAUGAUGUUCUCUCCUCCCGUUAGCAAUGGCAGCAAACAUGGAUCCUCAUCGCUAGGGAGCAGACACUACAGCACACCAAACAUGGAUGACAGAUCAGGUUCUGGAACUUGGGGUCCCAGUAGUCGUGGCAACAAGAGCUACAUGGACAAUUCUCAGUACGGACACAUGACCAGCCGGGACAUGGGAUCACAUGACAGCGUUUCACCUCCGUACACCAACCCCCGGCUCGCAGGUAAAUCGGAGCGCAGUGUGUACGCCUACGGACGGGACUCUAACCCCCACUGCCACCAGUCCGGUCUCAGUGGGGACCUGGUUCUUGGGAGUCCGGGCUCGUCCUCCCCCUCCAAGAUCACGAGAGACGGACAGACCUCCAGCCAGCCCCCGAGCCAGCCACCGAGCCAGUACUACCAGCACUGCAGCUCAAACCCCCGGAGAAGAACCCUACUCAUGGACCCUAUGGAUGGCCACACAAAAAAAGUCCGGAAAGUUCCCCCAGGCUUGCCUUCAUCGGUGUACGCGCCCUCGGCCAGUACAGCAGAGUACAACAGAGACUCCCCUGGUUACCCCUCUAAACCCCCCAGUACCGGCUUCCCCUCGUCCUUCUUCAUACCAGACGGCCACCACAGUGGAGAUCCCUGGAGCAGCAGCAGUAGCAGCAUGAGCCAGCAGGGUUACCAUGGCAGCAUGCUAGGGGGCGGGAACUCUGCCCAUGGCCCCGCCCAGAGCUCCUCCUACUGCGGGAUUCACCCCCACGACCGCCUGAGCUAUCCCUCCCACUCCUCCGCUGACAUCAACUCCAGCCUUCCACCAAUGUCCAGCUUCCACCGGGGAGCGGGCGGGGCCGGGGGCGGAGCCAACCACUAUAGCACUGCCUCCUGCACCGCCACCACCAACGGAACAGACAGCAUCAUGGCUAACAGGUCUCAAAGUGCAGCAGCCAGCAGUUCUCAGACUGGAGACGCUCUGGGGAAAGCUCUUGCAUCGAUCUACUCCCCUGACCACACCAACAACAGCUUCUCGUCCAACCCCUCCACCCCGGUCGGCUCCCCCCCCUCCCUCACAGCGGCCGGUUCGGGGGCAUGGUCGAGGAACGGAGGACCUGGACCGACCUCACCUAAUAACUAUGAAGCUCCACUGCACUCCCUGCAGAGUCGUAUUGAGGACCGGUUGGAGCGUUUGGACGAUGCUAUCCACGUACUGCGGAGCCACGCGGUCGGCCCCUCCACCGCCAUGGGGGGCGGCGGGAACCACGGCGACAUGCACAACAUGGUCACGACUGGCCACGCCCACAACGGAGGCAUGGGCGGGUACGGCACCGGCCUGCUGCCUAGCAACAGACACGCCCUCAUGGGCGGGUCGCAUAGGGAGGACGGGGUCUCUGGACUGAGAGGGGGUCACUCAAUGCCGGGCCAAGGGCCCAACCAGUCCACCACCUCUCCAGACCUCAGCCAGCCGGACCCCUACCGCGCCCUGUCCGGAGGCCUUCAGGGUCAGAGCACCUCCUCUCUGAGCUCAGAGAUCAAGUCUGAGGAUGAAGGAGACGAGAACCUCCUGCAGGACCAUAAGGAGCCCAAGAAGGAGGACCUGGACAUCAAGGAUCUCAAAUCAGUCGAUAGCAACGCUGAUGACGAGGACCUCUCCCCGGAGCAGAAGAUGGAGCGGGAGAAGGAGCGGAGGAUGGCCAACAACGCCCGCGAGCGUCUGCGCGUGCGUGACAUCAACGAGGCCUUCAAGGAGCUGGGCCGGAUGGUGCAGCUGCACCUGAAGAGCGACAAGCCCCAGACCAAGCUCCUGAUCCUGCACCAGGCGGUGGCAGUGAUACUGAGCCUGGAGCAGCAAGUCAGAGAGCGUAACCUGAACCCCAAGGCGGCCUGCCUGAAGCGGCGAGAGGAGGAGAAGAUAUCCGUGCCGACGGACGGAACACCCCUGUCGCUAGCAGCCGCCCACCACGCGGCGGUUGCCAUGGGCGACGGCUCCAACGCCAUGGGACAAAUGUCCAAGCUGCCAGAGUUCAUCAAGAUGAUGAGUGACCAUUUCCUCUGACGGCCUUCCCAUGUCCUGGCACUCGAUCGAAACUAUUGACCAACCUUUGACUCCUCGGCCUGGCCCCACCCCCUGCUCUUUCUUCCAAUCACGUUUCUCCUCCACCUUCUUAUGUUCUUCUCCAGACUGCGGCCGUGGUUGAUCACAUCUCGGGGGAACCAAUCAGGAAGCUUAUUACAGGAGAGGGAUGAAAAAAGGAAAACUGUUACAAAAUGACAGCCGGAAAUUGACAGUUUGUGGGAGUUUUGACAUGAAAAUACAUAAAUCCUGGUAAAGAGAACACUCUUUUUCAGCAUUCCGUCUUUUAAGGAACAGUAACCGUUCUCAUCUAUGUAUAAAAAAAAAAAAGGAAAGGUGUUCAUGAGUUGAGCGUGGUCUGCUGAUGACAGAACAAGACAUAUCAUGAGACAAACAUACGGAGAGUCAGUCCGUCACUCCUGGAAGAGGCCAGGAGCCAUCCACUCAGAGAGAGGAGGAGAGGGGAGGAGAGGAGGUGUAGUAGGGGAGGAGGGAGGUGAAGGAGGGAGGAUGAGGGAGGAGGAAGGAGGGGAGAAGAGAGGGGAGUAGGAGCAGUUCCCAUCUACAUUACAUCUCUAAACAACCACCAAGAUGCAAAACCAAUCGGUGUGUGAGUCCUCUGCCCCGGCGUUGUGUUUUAUGAAACACAGAGUGUACGGCAGCGAGCCAGAAGACAUCCGCGACCCUGCUAGACAACUAUGGUUUUGAUAACGAUUGCAUUUCACAGGUAUCGGUCGAGGAAGUCUUGAUCAUACUUUCCCGUUUGAACGGUGCAGUUAAGGAAAUAUAUUCGAUAUUUCAUUGUUUUCUUUUGUUUUUUGGUCUGGUCAGGGUAGACUGCUUGGAGAGACCAGAGAGACAGCCCUUUCCCUGAGACCCUCCUCUUAUAGAGGACAGGAACACUUAUCAGCCAAUCAACCAAUCAGACAAUGUAAUAAUCAAGGGGAGACUCUCUUAGGAACCUCUCUAAAGAGUCCAUGCUUCACUGAGAAGCUCUCUUCAAUGUAAACACCGGUGUGUAGCAUCCUGAUGAGAUAAAGCAAGAUGUACUUUAUUAGUCCCAGACGGUUCCUCCCAUCCGUAAGGCGGUGACAAAAACACUAGGCUCCGAUCUGUCCAGUCCAACGUGGCGACAGAACAGUCCUCCUAUAUAUGGACAGGGAGCCACAUGCCCCAGGAGUCUGGUUCUGGUCUGUUGAAUGCCAGAGAGGGAUUGGCUAGUUGAUAAAUGUGGGCGUUCCCCAUGAAGAGGAGCGGUUGGGUUGUCCAUGUGUCCGUCACCAUCCUCGGGUCUGACUGCCGGUCUGGAAGUGCAAAACACGCUGAGCAAUCCCGUUCCUUCCUACAUCUCCUGUCUGUUCCUGAUACGUCCUGCUUUCUCCUCUUUUUCCCUGGUUGGUUACGGUAGUUCUUAGGGUUGUCUGGCUAUCCCUGGUCUUUACCGGUCAGUACCGGUCAUAAGUGAUGAUUAAUGGUCACUAAUGUUGAUUACUGGUGACUACUGGUCCUCUCCGGUGCCUCCUGGUGGUUGGGAGUAGAACAGCUGAAGAACGUGGACCACUGGUAUCACAUAAUCCCAAGAAGACCUCAUGCUCUUCCUGGGCCUGAUCUGUGAGACUGUUCUUCCUCUGGCCCCGCCUCUCUCUCUCUCUCUCUCUCUCUCUCUCUCUCUCUCUCUCUCUCUCUCUCUCUCUCUCUCUCUCUCUCUCUCUCUCUCUCUCUCUCUCUCUCUCUCUCUCUCUCUCUCUCUCUCUCUCUCUCUCUCUCUCAGUCAGCCAGUCUAAUCAUUGACUGACCCAUUCCAGCACUACCAGCUGGCCAGGCUAGCCCUGUGAGUUACAGCCAACCCAUUAGCCCGAGCCUAGCCUUAUGACCCUAUACUUUACUAGGCGCUCCAUAUUUCCUUGAGAACUCAUCCUAGCUUCGGCUUCCCCCUGGAGAUGCAAUCUGAACAUUCACACUCGUACCGAUGUGCCUUUCUAGAGUUCAUAUCAUUGAUACAGCAGAGAAGGACGUUUGGAGACCUGUUCUUCGUGGUUCGGUUCUAUGCAGUCGGGUUUUUUACCAGACCUGGGAAUUAAAAAAAUUAUAAAAAAAAAAAAAAGUAUUUUUUGGAUAAAAAAGAAGAAGAAAACAAACAUAAACUGUAAUUAAUGUACUCUAUGCUUGUAUGUAAUUAGACCAUGUGUUCUGGCUCCCAGCCAAUCGGACAGAUGCUUUGGUGAAGCCCCUCCCCCGCUGUCAUGCGUCCUACUUUAACGCCGAUCCAACGCAACCAAUCACAGCCCUUUACCCACUAUCUCCUCCAUAUUAAGUUGCCGUUUCCAUGGUGAUCGAAGCGAUAGUUCUUGUAUUAUAGCUUAUCAGCUUUCUAUCAAUAUUUGAUCGGCUUGUCCAUGAGCCAAUGUAGUCUUGAGUACAAAACGUGUAGUUGUUUAUUGUAAAACAGACUUUUUGUCGGUUUAGCUCUUUUUUAAAGAAAAAAAAAAGUCUCUUAUUGCUUUUUGUCCGUUCCGAUUUCUCUGUCAGAAAUAGAAUUGAAAAAUAAAAAAAUGAAAUGGAUCAAAGAGUUGCUAGGUCAUGCUUAAAAACCUUCUCGGUCGACAGGAAGACAUGGAAACUGGAAAAUAAUCUAUUGAAAAUUGAAAAUCCAUCUAUAUAAAUGUACAAAAAUAUAUACGCUAUAUAAGGAGGGAGCCAUUUUGUUGGUGAAGGAUGUUUUCCAAGACUGAAAUGGUGGCAAAGUUGGGAGAGGCCCCUCAUUGGCCCCUUGCUGGUCAAACUUUCUAACAGACGUUUCCCAUGACUGUGUUCCUGGAUGUUGGCCCUGACAACACUUUGAGACUGGUAUGGCAGCCUGCAAGGGACAAACUGGGAACAGCGCCACUCUGCUCCUAUCACGGCUCAGCGUGCCACGGGACAACACGGACAUUUGUAAAUUGUAUGCAACAAAUGGCAAUCUUACCAUUAUUUUGAAAUUGUGUAUGUAAAAGUUAUAUUUUUACAUGUAGACUGUUGUUAUUUUGUGUUUAGAAAUAUGUUGUAUCAGUUUUUGUUAAAAUAUGAACCAGUAAAUUCAGUGUGUGUAUGAAAAAUGUGUCACAUUGAAAAUGUAGUGAGGUCCAAAUUCCCUGAAUAUUAUUUUUUCUCUCAAUAUUAUGUUCAUAUCUGGGGGGACAUUUUUCACAGUUCCUCAGAAGCAUUGGAAAUCGAAAUGGUAUAUAAUAUUCUGUUUAUUAUCCAUAACCAUAACAUGACCAUUUUAAUAGUAUUUUUUGUAUGUAAAUAGCCAUAAAUCACAGGUCUUUGUGUUCAUUUCGGGGGGGGGGGGGGCUGAUGAUGUUGAUGAUGAUGAUGAUGAUGAUGAUGAUGACAAAGGUGUUAAAUGUAUUUUUUCCUCCUUUUUUUCUCAUUAUUUUUGUUAAGGCCUUGUCUGAUAGUAAUAAUCGGGUGCACAUUUGGUUGAGCUCGGUAGCACAGUGUCAAGUCCCCCAUGUGUAACUCUACCAUUUUGGCUAGGCUAAACCUUCGCCUACUAUCGGAGUAGGAACGCAAGAUACAGCUUUGAGAAUAAUAUGUAAAUGUUUUGUAAAGAUCAGUUGUAAGCAUUACAUUGGCCUAUAUAAAAGAUAAAUUCCUCUGCGAACAAUCUUUUUAGCUAUUUCCCCCAAAAAUAUUGGAUUAUGUGCAAGGCAGAUUCAGUCAAUGUAGUUUUUUGUGUUCACCGUUAAAAUUGAACUUUUUAGAAUUGGAUUGGACCUAGGAGGGCAUCAGUCACCGUCUUUAUGAAUUUUUCGGAUGAAUUUAUUUUCACAAGGCUUUAUUUGAAAUCUUUUCUCUGUUUGAUGUAAUCGAGCAACAAGAGAUGUUUUCCAGAGUAAUACUGUUUUCUAUAUUAUACUCCUGUUGUUUCCACUGCAACACGUCCAUCUGUCCUUAUUUCCGUGCUGGUUGUACAAACAUCCCUAUGAACUCUCUCCCGGUAUAAGCGGACUGGACAAUCAGCAGCCCAACCAAUCUGAAGCUUGCUAAUCAUAUAAUAAUAAUACCAGAAGAUACAUUUACCACAUGGUAUAGCCCUAAGACACACACAUAGAGAGACAAACACACAGACAAUCAUUGGAGCCUAUUCUUAUUUUAUCAAAUCCUCCUAUGCUUUGAAAAAAUAAAAUUAUUAAUAUUAGCCUCUACUGCCAGAACAAAAACCUGCCAAUAUUUUGAAUAGUGAAUAGUUGAUACAUUUGAGUACAUCAGUAUUCCAUAACCCAUGACAUCGUUAUAACCUGGUAGUUAAUCCUGCCACCUAACUCCUCAACAGUUAAAACAUAAUAACGUUAAGGUCUUCUUUAGACAUGUGCAAACAACCACCCUCAUAUAAAUCUAUUCAACCCACACUGGGGACAGAAAUGAGCCAAAUCAAGUCUUCUGUUAGUGGUCCUCCAUAAUAAACAUGCCUUGAUCGCCUGUCUGUUGAGUAUGACUAGUGGUAGACUAAGGAAAAGGUAGCUAUCCUGAGGUCAAAGAUCACAGAGUACAUUCCACCGUUCCUCCGUGAAUCCACGGUAAAGCAUCCCACCUGGAGUCGGCUUAAAGCUGCUCUCUGGAUACAGAAUCAGAUCAGAAUUCAGAGUAAACGUGAGCUCAUCAUGGACCAAGCCAAAAGCCCUUCACCUGCAGAAUACGUGAAACAUCAGCCUGGAUGAGGUCUCUGAGGACGGCAAGCCCAGCCGUCACACAGAAGACCCAUGUUAGGACUAUUGUCAUUAUUAUCAAAUAUUAUUUGAAACCACUUCGGGUAUGUCAUGGUGAGAUUAUAUGAACGUGUUCUUUUACGUUCUUCUCCACCUCCGCCGGGUUGAGCUAUGGUGAAGAGAGGUUAGGCAGGCUUGACAGAAUGAUUUCUGCACCAGUGCCUGGUUGAAGCUCCUAUUGUCUCACGCUCUUGACUGAAGUAGAAGAAAUCCCCCAGAAUACAAUUAACAACUAAAUCACCUAUGACAUAUAUUUGGCAAAUAUUGGGGAAACCUUUUCACAACAGGAACGCUUAAGAACGAUGGACGGAACAUAACGUGUAAAAUACAUCAGCCAUUUUUGGAACCAUUCAAAAAUUCAUGAAAGGAAAAAAACGUUUUUGGACUUAAUUUGAUGAAGUUUGUGUUACGUUGUUGUACUGCAGAGCAGGCUGAGAGGGCAGAGUGUGCAGUUGUCACCACUCCUUCAUGCCCGUAGAAGAAGACUAGGUGCCUCUUUAUCUCAACUCUUGUGAGCGUGACACAACUUACUUAUGCUUCCUUUUUCUUAAUUAUGUCACUAUUUUUCUUCAAGCUUUGUUUCCUUUUUGUGUGGCUGUUUUUUUUCUAUAUAAUUAUAAUUAUUGUCAUUAUGGUUGUUGUUGUUGAUGUUGUUCUAAAAUGGAACUGUUUGGGAACAGGUUUGCUAAGGGUUAGCCCUUGAUAAAAUGCGAUGAGUAAGCCGUCCCUAGUGUGGUAAGGGUAAGCCCUUACCACAAGGGUUAGGGUUGGCAAAGGGUUAGCCAUGGUUAGCAUGCUAAGGGUUAGUCAUGGUAAGCGCUAAGGGUUAGCUCUUGCUAGUGCUAAGGGUUAGGCCUUGCUAAUGCUCGGGGUAAGCCUUGGCAAGCGUGCUUAGGCAUAGCCCAGGCUAGCUUGCUAAUUGCUAGCGCUCCCUAGUGCUAAGGGUUAGCCCUCGCUAGUUUCUGUAGUCAACUGUCAUCCUGUAGUGAACCAACAUGCCCAUCACCGUUCUGUAGCAAUAAAUGUGCCAUUUUUGUAACCUA